GCGAGCGAGCCGGUGAUGGGGGAUGCCUUUCGCGAGGCCUUUCGCGAUGCCACACACGCGCGUGUGGAACGAGGUAUCGAACAUGUCGAUACCGGAUAUGUUGGUGCCUCCCUUUGAGCGAAUCGGCGGUGCAAACGUGUUUUCCGCGGACCCCGAGCGAGAGGCGGACAGAAUGACAUGGACUUUUUCACUGAGAAAAGAAUAGUAUUCGCGACUGUAAUUGCAAGACGUUGCGCCGAGGAGAAGUCCGUGAAAGCGAUUCGUCGUUUAUGUGUCGCUACGAAGCAAUGUCACAAUUGCAAUUUAUCUUUAUUCCGCUUACUCGAGAGAUCUUUGGGAAGCUUUUUGCGGAUCGUCGGUAUUACACGACAACAUGGUGGAGGAUUAAAGUUUGAGGGCCGUUGUGUUCCGGGCGACGUUCCAACGGAUGUGCCCGCGCGGAAUGCACGAUGCAGCGCGCGGCUGCAUAAAAGUGGCGAAGGCGAGACGCGUGCGAGCGCUAUUAUUACGUAAAUAUUUACCGACUCCCGGUGUUCCCAGCAGCGACAUGAAUUUAUGCGAUAUCGCGUAACGCACCAUUCCCUUUAAUCCCGAAGCGGUCGACCGCGAGAACUCGCGUCGCCUACAACGUUUGUAAUUCAAUUUCGAUCUGUACACACUGAUCAGCGGAAAUCGAUUGAUUCCCGUCGUCCUGGCCACCACCGCCACAUAUGCCAGGUAAACGUGGUGAUCGCGGCAAUACCGGAUCUUGAAUGUCGCGGAUGCAAAGGUCGUCGAACGCGCGCGAUUCCGCCGAUGCAAUGUCAUUUGUGAUUCAUUGCAAUUUUGAGCGCUCAGAUUUCAUGAUCACCACGACGUGAGACAAUCGGCGAUGAGAGCUCCACAAUUGUUUAAACCCAAUUUAUGAAGAGAUAAUAUACUGUACUGAAUUAAUUAUUCAAUUUGCAAUAACGUUAAAAAUUCUUGGAGCAAGAAUUACGUUGAAAUUGUGUCUCUUUCUUUCAAGGCUUUUUGUAAAGCUGGAUUUUACUAACA